AUGAAAUCUGAUAGCUUGACCAGGAAUUUCCACCUUCUUUUAUUCCAGAUUGGUAACUACCUCUAUGACAACAACUUGGCUUCGCUUCAUCCAAAGCCAGAAGACAUGGAAAUGUUUAUUCGCUCGCAAAUCUACUCGUAUGAGUACAGUCCUGUGCUCAGCGACCUUACCGACACAUACGAUUGGCCCGAGACGGAUACCCGCCAAGGCUUCCCCGUGCCAAAGAUGACGCGUACUUCAAUGGAUGACGAGUAA